UCAGUUCAUCAGUUUGACUCAAAUCACUCAACACAGCAAUGGUUUUCUGCACGCUGCAACCCUCCCCAAUCAAGGACAUCCUCGUCCUCACCAUGGCCAGCAGCGACGGCCAUCAGUACCUGACCGACGACGCCAUCACGGAGCUCAUCGGCAGCCUCAGGACAGCCCGGGACACGCCGGGGCUCAGGGGCCUCGUCACGACAUCCAGGCUCGGCUCCUUCUGCGACGGCCUCGACGACGGCGCCGGCGCCGGGCGGCUGCCGGAUCGGGAGCAGGCGGCGCGGCUGGCGGCGCGCGUGGGCGAGGCGGUCCGGCUCCUGCUCGAGGUCCCGGCGCCCACCGCGGCGGCCGUGUCCGGCGACGCGACGUCGCUGGGCCUCGCGCUGGCGCUGGCGCACGACCACUGCGUCGUGUGGGAGGGCGCCGCGGUGGGGCUCCCCGAGGCGGCGCGCGGGCGGCCGCUGCCGGGCUACGUGGCGGCGCUGCUCCGCGACAAGAUCGCCUACGCGCGCCUGCGGAAGCUGCUGAUGCUGAGGGCGGAGGCGUGCACCGGCAGGGAGCUCGUCGGCACGUGGUACUCGGCGAACGACCCUGCCGUCGCCGACAGGGAGGUGGUGGCGGCGGAGGCGUGCGAGCUGCUCGAAGGGAUCGACGUCGGCGACGGCAAGAACUACGCGGAGGCGAGGCAGGCGAUGUGGCCGGAGAGCUGCGCCGCCGUUGGCAUCGACAUCACCCUGCCACGGCCGCCGUCUCGUGAGGAAAUACUCCACAAGGAGAAGGAAAGGGAGAAACACGGAGUAUCUGACCUGCACCGGAACAACAAGAAUGCGAAAAGCAUGCAGAUUAAUAUGUGCAAGACCAGCUAGAUGGGCGGUAACAAUAUAAUUAAGAGCCAAAUGAAUCCACGGAUGGAUGGAAAAAAUGAAGACUAGAUGACGGAAAGAACUGCACACUUUGGCAAGUUAUGAACUUUUGAGUGCUUUUCAUGUGUUGUUAUGCGCCACAUUUUUGGUAUAUUACACGUUGUACCAAGAAACUAUAGAUCAAUUAAU